ACCAGAAGGGUGAGGAUAAAGAGAGAAAGAAAAGAUCGAUCUAGUGCGAUGAGUCGUGCCGGGGCCAGCGCGAGACUUCGACUCAUUUUCAAUUCCCCCUUCUUCUGAAAACACGCAACAACGAUGAAAGCAAUCUUCCAAGUGCUUAUGACGGUGGCGCUGGGCGCGGGUGUCGCUACCGCUUUGGAGAACGGCGUUCAGUUGAGUCAGACGUUCGGUGGGCCUCAUGGCACGAAAUACUCGGACUUGGACAUCGCCUCGUCCGGACAAACCGUGCAAGCCAUCACUAUCCGCACUGGCGAGCGCGUCAAUGCCGUCAGCCUCGAUAUCACCGACCCGUCCGGUCAGAAGUCUACCUUGUACCACGGCGGCGGCGGUGGUGACCCCAACACACUCACUCUCGGCGCAGGUGAGUUCAUCACGGGCAUUGAGGCACACUGGGGCGAGAAGGACAGCCACACACGGAUCAAGUAUAUUCAGUUUACCACGAGCUCGGGCAAAACGAUCUCUGGUGGCAGUCCCACGAAGGAUAUCGGCAAGGAUUCAGCUCCCGCGGGCUACCAGCUAGGUGGUUUUGUUGGCACUUGUGGCAAGGAACUCGACUCGGUGGGUGCCAUUUGGACGAGUAUUACUCCGGUGGCGUAGGCGUUUGAUGAUAUGGUGUAUGUUACAGCGCACCGUAUUAAAAUGUGAAGUCAAAUCUGAUGAGUUGGCAUGUUGUCAAAAUUACCUUUUCUCGUUUAAUUUUGGUAGUAAGCUUUACUAUACUGGUAAACUCUA